CAAAUCCUCCCUACCCAGAAAAAAAGAAGGAUGAUCGAGAUCUUCCUCGAUUGUUACUUGUAUUACUCUGAGUGAGUGAUAGAGAAAGGAGAAGAAAUCAUGGGAAGAGAAAUAGAGAAGAUGAUUGCAGUCGGUCUCGUUUGGGGAGCUACGAACGCCCUGAUGCGCAGGGGAGCUCUCAUCUGGGACAAAGCCCUCAAAUCCUCCCCUCCCCCAAACGCAUCUAUUCACCCGCUUUUCUCCCAUCUCCAGAAAUGGCUUAAGCUCCUCUUAGUCUGGCAAUAUACAGUCCCAUUCCUGCUCAAUCUCACAGCCUCAGCAACUUUCUUCGCUAUCCUAGGCGCCGCCCCUAUCUCUCUCGCCGUUCCAGUGACCAACGCAACCACAUUUGCUGCCACCGCAGUGUUUGGAAUUCUUCUCGGUGAAGAAACUCGAGUCCUGUCCGCUCUAUUCGGUACUCUUCUAAUCAUUCUCGGUGUAUAUAUCUGUAUCAUGUGAUUGAAUCAUAUAUGGGUUUGAUUAAUUUGAUGUUGGAUCUUGAUUAAUUCAGAAAUUUUAUGAUCAAUUACAUCUGGGUAUCUUAAUUUG